AUUUCACUUUCAUCCACGACCUGCUCUCUAGGUUGGUUACGCAGCUACAGCGCUGGGUGGAAGGGGCCCAGCUUGAUUUGUAUCUAUCUCAUGACUCCAAGCUCACAAGCGAUCGAAAAACCCAUCUACAUCUAUGACAUUCCCCAAGAGCUGCUAAAGACAUUGAAACCGCUCACUCAGUCGCAUAUUUCUCAGAUACACGCUGACGAGCACUACGAUGACGCUGCUCUCACCGACUCUGACGAAGAAGAGGACCUGUCUGCUGUUCUACAGGUCAAAGCAAGUUUAGUGGAUGAUGCACCUGUACAGCCUACGAAAGGCUCACCUAUCACUUGGGCCACUUCCUCUAUUGUGCCGCCACCAACCAAGCUUGGCAUCUAUUCUACAAUGUUACCAAGUGCAGACAGCUCAAUAGCAAGUAUACAGAUGAGCAACACUUCGAAGCCAAGGUCAAUCGCCAUGUUCAUGGUAGGAGGUGGUCACUUUGCAGGCGCCAUCAUUUCUCUCAAUGGAUCAACAGUUGCCAAGUGCAGCAUCAAGGCAACCAAGGGAUUUCAUCGGUACACGACAAGACGAAAGCAAGGUGGCGCUCAGUCUGCCAAUGAUAAUGCCAAAGGCGCUGCCAAUUCAGCUGGUGCACAGAUUCGACGUUACAAUGAGAUUGCGCUGAAGGAGGACAUCGCCGGCUUGUUUCAAGAGUGGAAGGCGAUGCUCGAGGAUGUCGAGCUGAUUUUGAUCAGAGCAAGUGGUGCCGCAAGUAGAAAGUUGCUUCAUGAUGCAGGCUUGGCCAAGCAAGAUCCAAGAGUCCGAGGCUUCCCAAUCAAUACGCGCAGAGCAACCCAGGCUGAAAUCAUCCGCAGCUUUCACAUACUGACUCGCCUGCAACUCGGCUCAGUGCUGGAUGAUAAGGAAGAAGUCAAGCCAAGAGCAGCGCCGGCUCCCCUCCCCAAAGUUGUGGAAGAAAUUCCUGAUAAGCGCCUGGUGGGAUUGACUGAGCGCUUGUUGCCUCUCAUCAAACGCAACAAGAUUCCUGCCAUCAAGCAAAUACUACAAGAGGAGAGUAUGGAUGCAACCAAAUUUCUGCUCGAGCCUAAAAAGUCAUUUGCGCAUACACCCACAUUGCUGCACUACGCUGCGAGUGCUGGCGCAGAUGCCGUUGUUAAGUUACUGCUCGAUCUCGGCGCGGAUCCAACUCGGACCAAUGCAGAGCAGCAAACACCUUUUGAAGUAUCGAGUGGUAAAGGUACUCGGGAUGCAUUUCGAUUGUGGCGCGGUGCUGGGCAUGAAGCGACUUGCGACUGGGAUGCUGCUCGUGUUCCUGCGGCUUUGACGUUUGAGCAAGUCAAGGCUCGCCAGGCGCGAGAGGCAGAAGAGCGCAGUGAGCAGGAGGCAAUUGAGGCCACUCGUCGCGAGCAGGAGCUUGAGAGAAUAAAGAAGGAGUCUGAGGCUGCUGAAGCCCAGCGUCAGGCUGCAGAAGGGAAAAGGCGUGGGCCGGGUCGAUCAUUGGCUUUAGGGGUAUUGGGUCAGUCUACGAGCGCUGAUUUGAACAAUCUGACGCCGGAGAUGAAGAAGAAGGUUGAGCGAGAGCGACGGGCGAGGGCUGCUGAGGCACGAUUUGGCAAAAAGUAGCUCUCAGGCGUUGUGAGGCUGGGUGGGCUUGCUGGCAUCUGACCCUGACGCUGCUUCUGACUCUGCCUCUUCUGAUUUCCUGACAUACACAGAAACAUCCAGACCGGCCUCUUCAAUCAUGUGUGCUGUGUAUUCCCACGGAACCUGAAAAACACCAGAGUUGAAUUGACAUGCGGCUAGGGUGACGUUCUUGUACAUGGGUUCUUGCAGUUGUGCCUUGAGGUCCAUCAGACAAUGAUAGGUAGUGACUAGAAUCUUCUUUGGGGGGUCACAUUGACGGCCUCCAGCGCG